AUGCACCAACUCCUCAGACUAGCCUCUUUUCGGGGUCUCAUUCUCCUUGUUGCAGCGGUCGAUCUCCUUCUCACAAGCACCACCAGCUACAUUCUUCCGUGGUUGGACACCGUUUUCUCCGUCCCUGACAGCCUGUGGCUCUGGGUAUGGAGUGCCCGCGAUUCUUUCCAUGACCGCUGCCUGAUCUGUCUCAGUCUCAACCUUGCUCUCUGGAUCUGCGACGUCAUGGAAAGCGACCACCUCUUGUCUUACACCAGCAUGCACGCACAACCCACUCAUCUUGAGGGCUCGGCGUCUUGGGAUCCAGCCGUCCUCCUAUUCCUGCAAGCCGGAUAUUUCGCCUCGACCGUGUCCAACAUUACUUUUGCUCUCCGCCUGCGUGAGCCGAGGAUCUUGACGUUUCUGUAUCAAGUCGUGCGGGCCAAAGAACUCUUGCUUGAACUCUCCCUGCUCUGUUUGUAUGCACUCCUGGCGAGCUGGAUCGCCUCGAACUGUUGCGCCAAUGGUCUACAAGUCAGCAGAGAUCUUUCCACGCCCAGAACUCUCGUCUAUGAAUACCAGGAACCAGUUCAUUGCGGCGGGCCAGAUCCUUUCGAAGUGCCAGUUCCCGGCUCCUUUUCAGUCACCAAUCCUCCUCACAAUCCUCUCGAAAGCACCGAGUUUGCCCCGGUGGAGUCAUUCGCAAACUCAACGACAGGAUACGGUCGGUCAUCACCCACCCCCUUCAUCAACAGGGCCAGAGCCAGCGCCAGGGAAUCCGUCUUCUACCUUCAGCCUCCAGUCAAUCUGAGCCGACCGAUCAUGCGUGCCCGCCGGAUCUACCGUCGACGAGUCAACCACGACCUCCAGCGCGUGGAAAAUGGAACGCUGACUUUGGACACUUGCGUGACAAACGCCGACGAUUCCGACUACGACGCCGACACGGAAUUCACGUACGAGAAGCGAGCAAAACCACGCGACGCACUACAUCACAACGCAACCGCUACCGCCACGGCCAGAGAUGCUACUUAUCACAUGCGCGCCCUCACGGAACACCAGCCAGCCCACCUCGGCCCGCCGCGGCGGAGUGACCGGCUCGGCCGGCGGAAUGCCUGGGACUGGACCAACAUCUCCGCCGUGCAGGAGUGA